AUGUAUCGUGUUGGACAACUGAGUUUGAGUGAGAAUGCACAGGAGCCAGACAUUGGUGUGGAUGGUGUAGUUGUUGAAGAAGAUACAAUGCAGUCUUGUGCUGUGGGUGGCUCUCUGUGCCACUCUGAUGCUGUCUGUGUUGACUAUACCCCAGGAUUCUGUUGCAAGUGUGGUGACAAUUAUUUAGGAAAUGGCAUUAACUGUAUCCCUAAAGGGGAACCCAUGAGAGUAACUGGACAGGUGAUUGGAAAUCUCAAUGGAAUCAAACUUGAGGAAUUAGACCUUCAUUCCUAUGUAUUAACAAAGGAAGGUCGCAGUUACACAGCCAUCUCAAGAGUCCCAUCACAAAUAGGAUAUGAUCUCCAGAGUAUCACUGCCAUUGGCACUGGCAUUGCCUGGCUCUUUGCAAGCCCAAUAAACAAUGUAAAGAAUGGUUUUCACAGCACAGGAGGUAAAUUAAACCGCACUGUGGAGGUAGACUUCCCACAGACAGGCCAUCGAGUUGAAGUGCAGCAGCAAUUUCAGGGUCUAGAUGUCUUCAACUAUGUGCCAGUGAAGACUCAGAUUACUGGCUCAAUUCCAACAAUUUCAGUGGGUUCUGAGAUUGAGAUGGAUGCAUUUGAUGAAGAAUAUACAAGAGUAAAACCUGGUCAGUUGAGAUCAAGAUCAGGCCGAGUAUUCCGACUUAAGGGGCAGACCGUUGAUACUCCAUUUACUGUGCAGACUACAAUUGAUUUUGAUGAAUGUGAAUGGAAAGACCUGGAUGAUGGGGAUCUGGAGACUCUGAGGCUCAAGGUUUCUAGUAACAUCUUCAUCCAGUAUGAUGCCACAGAGGAGAUUGUUCGAUAUGCUCUUUCAGCGAAAUUGGCUCCUCUUGAGGAAAUUGAUCCCUGUGUAGAGGGGCGGCAAGAAUGUGGUGAAAACAGUCAGUGCGUUGUUGAUGGUGACACUUUUAGAUGUGUAUGUGAACGUGGUUAUGAAGAAGUCUAUGAUGCUACACUGAACAAAGGAAUUUGUCUGGAUCUCAAUGAAUGUAGCACCAGUCGUGACAACUGUCAUACCCAUGCCAUCUGUAAGAAUACUCCGGGCAGCUUCAUUUGCUCAUGUAAGCCUGACUUCACCGGAGAUGGAGUCAACUGUGAGAGAGUGGGAACUUGUGGUGGUAUUCCUUGUGAUCCCAAUGCUAUAUGUGAGCUGCACCAUGAAGAGCCUCAGUGUGUUUGUCUGCCAGGAUUCAUUGGAGAUGGCCUCAUCUGCACCAAGGGGACAGAGAUAUCUUCCGUGGAUCAGGAGAGGACAUGCAUUGAUCAUUAUAUUUGUAGCCCGUAUGCUGAUUGUGUCUAUGAUGACACCAUACGUAGCUUUCAGUGUGUCUGUCAUCAAGGAUACAACGGAGAUGGACUAACAUGUCAACCAAGUGAGAGUUGUGAAACAGCCAGAAACUGUUCCCCGUAUGGAGUUUGUACCAUACUUGAGAAUGAGUACAGGUGUGAGUGUUUACCUGGCUUCACCGGUGAUGGCUAUGUGUGUGAAGGGGAGGAAUUAGGAACUCCUUACCAUCCUGAGGAUCCAGAACAGCCAUAUCAACCUGAAGAACAUCAAGAGCCUUAUCAGCCUCUAGAUCCCCAAGAGCCAUAUCAGCCUCUGGACCCACAAGACCCAUAUCAACCUCAAGAUCCAUAUCAACCUCAAGAUCCAUAUCCACAAGACCCAUAUCAACCUCAAGAUCCAUAUCAACCUCAAGAUCCAUAUCAAUCACUGGAGCCUCAGGAGCCAUAUCAGCCAUUGGAACCCCAAGACCCAUAUCAACCACUGGAACCCCAAGAUCCAUAUCAACCACUGGAACCUCAAGAUCCAUAUCAACCACUGGAACCUCAAGAUCCAUAUCAACCAAGACCACAGGAUCCAUAUCAACCUCAACCCCCAUAUCAACCAUUGGGACCAUAUCAGCCACAAGAACCUGAGGAACCAUAUCACCCUGUGGUAAGUCUAGUGGUGAAACUAACAUACACCUGCUAUGGGUUACAUGUGGCUAUGUUUAAGUAUUGUAAAAGUCAGUUCUCAUAAUGCAGUUUCAAUAGAUAGAUGAGAAUAUAAACUAAAAUCCA